GCCACUUCUGCAUCAAGGAGGAAUCGAUUCAGGCUCCCCCAUAGCUGCAAUUCUCUCACAGUUAAAUUGUAAUUACGAGGAUUCAUCAAAUGUCGGCUUUUCCAAACUAGCAUCUUCCUUCUGUUCUAAACUCUUUUAUCGAGCCAAACACCUUGGAUUCCAUGUCUAGCUUCCUCAGGGAAGAAAGCAGCGCCACCAAAACCUGCUUUUCUUCAAACUUUCCGGAUGCAUGCUUCCAGGAAUUUAUUCCCGGGCAAUAUGCUCAAAACCAUGAAGCCAUAACUCUUAAUGAAGUGAAUCUAGAUGUCCCUUUCACAUUCCCUGUUAACCCUUUUGCUAUUGCAAAUCAGGACUUGGAGUCUACCGCCAUACGCACGCCGUUGGAACUUGAACAACGAGGCGAUGAUCAUCAACUUACAGGAGAAGGGUCGGCGUCGGAGAACAAGAGAAAGAAAGUGGAAACAAAGGUAGAAAGAGAGAAAAAAGGAAAAAAUAUUCGUGGCUUGGAGCAAGCAAAGGAAAGCAGGCUGAAGCCUGAUAUAAAGAACAAGAAGAAAGUUCCUGAGAAGGUCGAAACAGAUAAUUAUGUUCAUGUCAGAGCGGGGAGAGGUGAAGCAAAAGACAAGCACAGCCUUGCCGAGAGGGUCAGAAGGGAGAAAAUCAGCGUCAGGAUGAAGCUAUUGCAAUCACUUGUUCCUUGAUGUGACAAGCUGACUGGCAAGACCCAGAUACUGGAUGAAAUCAUUAGAUAUGUUCAAUGCUUACAGUAUCAAGUAGAGGUUACUCUCCAAGUCACAGCUUCUGCUAUUACUCUUACUGCUCAUUUUUAACUAUAUAAUUUAACAGUCGACAAUUAUAUAUGU